AUGACUCCGAAGUGGAUUGAAUCGAGGCACGAAGACAAGGUACCGAGAUCGAGAUUCGAGGCACUUGCCAAGAUCGAGGCCGACCGCAAUCGAGACCAAAUGAGACAGGCAUCGAGCAAUACCGAAGAUAGCGUAAUAACGGAAAGGCGAGAUAUCCGUGACUGGUCGAAGAUCAUGGCGGAAAUCUUGGAACGGAUCGAAUCAAGAACGUCCACCCCGAGCAACAUAGCUGGGUGGGCAGGUGGCAAAGAGAAUCUGAGUGUUAUUCCUUACAUAUUUCAGGCUGAUGUAUGUCAUGCUUACCAAUUACUAAAGGAUGGAGGUCUAAAAGAUGAAAACAUCAUCGUAUUCAUGUACGAUGAUAUUGCUAACAAUAGAGAGAACCCCAGACCUGGAGUCAUUAUCAAUAACCCACAUGGCCAUGAUGUUUACAAAGGUGUCCCCAAGGAUUAUGUGCUUGAAGAUGUUAAUGCCAACAAUUUUUACAAUGUUAUCCUUGGCAACAAAAGCGCUGUAGUUGGGGGCAGUGGGAAAGUAGUGAACAGUGGUCCAAAUGACCAUAUCUUCAUCUAUUAUACUGAUCAUGGCGGCCCUGGUGUAGUUUCAAUGCCAAGUGGAGAAGAUGUUUACGCUAAUGAUCUGAUUGAUGUGUUGAAAAAGAAGCAUGCUUCAGGGACAUAUGACAGACUGGUGUUUUAUUUAGAAGCUUGUGAGUCCGGAAGCAUGUUUGAUGGUCUUCUCCCUGAAGGUCUAGACAUAUAUGUCAUGACUGCAUCAGAACCUAAUGAAGAUAGUUGGGCGACGUAUUGUGGUGAGGGUACUCCUGAUUAUCCCUGCUUGGUUGAGUGUCCCCCUCCCGAGUUUCAGGGUGUGUGCUUGGGAGAUUUGUACAGUGUUGCCUGGAUGGAAGAUAGCGAUGUAACAGAUCGAGAUGCUGACAGUGUGCAAGGGCAGCAUAGCCGAGUUGCAAACAGAACUGCAGCUAACAUAACAUAUGGCGGCUAUGGCUCCCAUGUCACAGAAUACGGUGAUAUAGUGGUGAGCUUUGAUCGACUUUCCACAUAUAUGGGUGAAGCUUCCACAAACCACAGUCAUGCCUCUGUGAAUGCUAUGUCAUUCUCGACAUCAUCAAAGAGUGUGGAUCAAUACAGUGCUGAACUUUUCUAUUUGUUCACCAAACACCAAAAUGCUCCUGAAGGGUCUCAUGAGAAGUUUGAAGCUCACGCGAGACUUAAAGAAGCUAUAUCACAGAGAACUCAAGUGGACAACAGUGUAAAACAUCUUGGGGAGCUUCUUUUUGGUGUUGAAAAAGGUAAUGAGGUACUACACAGUGUUCGACCUGCUGGACAACCACUUGUUGACAGCUGGGAUUGCCUUAAGUCCUACGUCAACAUAUUUGAGGCACAUUGUGGAAUAUUAAGCUCGUAUGGAAAGAAACACAUACGUGGUAUAGCCAACAUCUGCAAUGCUGGAAUUACGAGUGAACAAAUGGCUUCUACAUCUGCACAAGCAUGUUCAAGUUAGUAGAGGGUACUCUUGGCAAAAGGAUAUAAUGUAUGUUUAGCCAGUUUGUGUCAUGGCUGCAAAAUUUCACUUUUAGUAGAUAGCUACACACAGAAUAACGCCGCUGAGAAGCAGAAAUUUGCCCUUUCACAUGUACUAAAGCUUUACUUUAUCAAUAAUGAAGCAUUUUGACCUUUUUA